GAGAUCCCGAAGCAGCGCUGCAAGGUAUUCCCGAGUGUAGCUCAGGGGUAAAGUUUCAGCACCACAAGCGGUAACCCCGAGCUACACUCAGGCUUACCAUGCAGUGCUGCUCCGGGAUCUCUUCUUCACUUACCUUUUCCUGCACUCCCGCAAUGUCCCUCCUGCAGUGCCCCCUACUGACCCCGGGCCCUUGGGCAGAGCCCAUGUUUCCAAAUGGUCAGUCCGCCCCUGCGUCCAGGGUACCACAAUUACUGCGUAAAUUCAUAGACCUCACUAUUUAUUGAGUUCACA